AUGCUUGCUCAGCCACAUACCCUGCUCUACCCAUCCAUCUGCUGGACUCUGCAAGUUAUCGAGCCCAAGGAUGGAUCUUUGGUCACAGGCAAUGGGGUAGCGCCAGUGGAUUCUCAGGGUGAAGUAGUUGAGGCAGGGAAUGAAGAGGAUCUAGACACAGUAGCUUGUCCACGGCAGGAACCGCAGCUCUGUUGCAACGACAUUCCUAUAGUAAGCUGGAAAGCAUUUGUGCGGUCAAGUAGGAAGACCUCAGUCAGCAAAGAGCAAGACCUAACCAAAGAAGAUCGUACACAAGAUGGAGGUGUUGGUCUUGGUCUCUAUCAGGAAAGCUCUGGUAGUACAGCCACUCCCAAUCCCAUGUAG